ACAUUUUCAGCUGCAUAAAUUGGAAUAACAUAAUUGAUUUAGACAAGGGCUUUGGAGAUUUAUAACAAAUGUUGACAGAGGUUCUUUCCUUCCUUAUUUGGUCUCAUCAACUAUAUCAACACUUCUUUCUAUCAGACUGCUCUUCUCUAUGUGCUGGUCUUUCAGUCAUCCAACUUCUCAGCCACAGGUAUGGAAUGGUGUUCCUAACCAGCAAAACGUCUGAGCUCCUUUCCCAGAAGAUGGUGCUUUGCAGCUCCUGUUGCUAAAACUGCCGCCAGUUCUGGGAAGUGUUUUGCAAACAGAGCUCGAGUCAGAAGGCUGGUGUUCCCAUGGGCUGCGUACGCCGAGAAUUCCUUGGUGGUGUUUUUCUCUGGCCACAUAGCUGCCAUCUAAUUUACCAGUAAAAAAGAACAGUUUCCUAUGUCUUCAGCAUACAUCUGUAAAACCAGCACCAGCUUUUAUGGAAAUCCUGUGAUCUGACCUUGAACGUUGGGCUCAUGCUGUCAAAUGCUGAUGUUCUGCACCCACCUCUGGACAACUUUACAAUUGGAGCUGCAGCCUCACAACGAGAGCACUGGGGCCCUGCUGCAUUUUUAUGUUUGCGCCACUUCUUGGUGCCACCAACGUCUUAAAUCGGGCGUAACCCAGUCUGAGAAACCUGCUUGGCUUCAAGGUAGUUCCUAUAAUUUACCUGGUUGUUUGGCAAGACCUGUCAGCAUGGAAGAUCAUGAGCUCACUUACAGUGAGGGAGAGCAGCAAAUAUCUCCUCAACCAUUUCUGGAAGAGGAAGAAGAAGAAGGUGCAGCUGAAAAGGAGCUGGAAGAAAAGUUGUUUGGUGGUGGCAAGAUGGGAACCAAGGACACUUCUGGAGAUGUUGGAGACCAGUCUGAUUCCAGCAUGGAAAGCUUGAAGCACUCUCUGGGUGACAUUAGCAACACUCAGGCUCUGCUGGCUGAAGAGAGAAUUCACAUAGCAGCUGUACAGAGGAACAUAAAAUUGCUUGAUGACAUGGUCAAGGAGAAGAAAGUGGUGGUCCAAAAAACCGGACAGAAGCUGUGUGCCUGUCAGCUGCGGAUCAAGAUGCUGGCAAAGCAGCUGGAUCGUGUAGACAUGGAAAUAGAGAGAGAGAAGGAGGCUGGCAAUGUCCCAGCCCUGUCCCGCCUGGGGGCCGUGAGCCGCCGGCUGCGCUCGGAGCUGGAGAGGGAGAAGGAAUCAGAGCUGAUAAUUGAUAUGAAACUAAACCAAGACAAGCUGGAGAUGUGGCAGAUAGAAAUCGAGCAGGGAAAAUACGAGGUGAUCCGUGACAAACUUCAGCAAGAGGAGGAGCAGCUCCAGAAGCACUACCAGGAGCAGAGGGAAGGGCGGAUUCGGAAGGAGAAAAGAACAGCCCUGCAAGCAGAAAAGAAGCGCCGCUCCCGGGAGCAAAAAGAGGAGAAAGCCCAGAAAGAACAUGAAGAAAGAAAGAAAAAAAUAUUUGAGGAUGCCAAAAGGAACCACGAGAAAGCAGCCUGCUUCCUGAAGCAAAGCACAGCAAGAAUUCAUGACAAAAUUGCAAAGGAAGAAGAGAAAACUCGGGAGCAUAUGGAGAGAAGGAUACAAGCUGUGCUUUCCCUGAAAACCAGCAUCACUUCCAACAGGGAAAAGCUCCAGACUCUCCAGGUUUUGAACAAAGCAAAGGCCUUGGAGGCAAAGAAGGAGGAGAUGAAAAUGAGGGAAGCCAUCCUAGCAGAAGGAGGCAAUGUUGUCCAGGAAAUUUUCCUCCAUAAACGACAGCUAAAGCACGAAAAAGAGGAACAAGCUUUCAGAGAACUGCAGAAAUCAAGAAAGAUUGAGAUUGUAUCUCGAAUUCUGAAAGAAGAAGCUUCUUUUCACAAGCAGAAAGAAAGUCAGCCCCGUCUUAGGGCACCUAAGGCUCGGGGUAGAGUUGAGGACCCUUCAGUGCAGAGAAAGGAAGCCUGGCCCUGCAGGGAGGAGACCUGCACACGUGCAGGUGGAGCCACAGCACAGGAGUCCUGGCUCUCUCCAUCACCUCCUUCCUUGGCUGGUGAGGGAACUGCUCCCGAGGGAGGGAAUCCUGAGGACACAGCCCAGGAUGUGCUCUGGGAAAGUGGGGAUGAUGAGAAAGAGAAGGAAAAGACCCUCUUAGAACCAGAGUUCCCAGGACUUUGGGGCCAGGAAUAUGACUUGCACAAGAUACCCGAGGAAGAGGUGGAUCCAACACAGCUGGCUAUCAGGGCACUGAAAAAAGAGGUGUCUGAGAACAAAAUGGAGGAAUUCCAAACUGGAAGUUUGGCCAAGCAAACAGUGCCUGGUCGUGAACACAGGGGCUGUGCUUUCCACAGCAAGCCCAGCUGCAUUCAUUUCAAGGAUUUUGAUGUUGGUCAAACCUACAAAAAGAAGAUAAUUUUGACCAAUGCCUCCUACAGUGUUAAUUACUGCAGGCUGGUGGGGAUCAGUGAGUGCCUCAAGGACUUCAUCAGUGUUCAUUUUGAUCCACCUGGCAAAAUGUCUUCUGGAAUGUCCUGUGAAUUUGUGGUAACCUUCAAGCCAAUGAUAAAUGAAAGUCUGGCAGGAGAAGUCAUGUUUGUGGCACAGACAGGUUCCUUUUCUGUCCCACUGCAAUGUACAGUCAAGAGCUGCGUUCUGGCUCUGGAUAAAGAGCUCAUUGACUUCGGCAGCCACGUGGUGGGAGAGACGAUUUCCCGGCCCAUCAGCCUGACAAACAGCGGAGCUCUGGGCACCAGAUUCAGAGUUCAGGCGUCAGCAGGGGACAGGAGCACACACAGAGCGACAGUAAAACCUGCCCCUGGAAGGAUGGUCCCUCGACAUUCCAGUGGCUGUGACCCUGAAGAGGAGGGGAGCAGCAGUCCUGGGACAGCUGGGCUGGGAAAGCAGGUCCGGAUUUGUGCUGAGCCCGGCGAGGAUGUGACCCCCUGUGCAGCCCAGGAGCCACAGGGACCCCAGAGCAGCAGUGCCACAGAACAACUUGAUCAAGAAGUGUUGAGUGUGAGAUCAGACCUGGACACAGACAAUGCACGGGAUUCAGUGGAACUGUCUCCUGAAGAAACACCAGUUGAAAUUAUGCUUGGAAAGGUCACUGAGGGGGAGGUUGGACCCUUCAGCUCGGUGAAAGUCCCGGUGCUGUUUGUCCCAGCUGUCCCUGGGGACGUGAGGGCAGAGUUUGUGAUCGUGUUUGACAACCCAGACUGCAAACCACUGUGCUUCAGUGCCGUGGGGGUGUCCGUGGACGUGCCCCUCUGGGUGCCCAACCCCGACGUGGACCUCAGGAUCUGCCUGUACGACCGGCUGUACCAGGACUGUGUGACCCUGCGGAGCAGAGCAAGCACCACGCUGCAUUUCAAGUUUGAAGUGUGCAAAGAACUGAGCAAGCACCUGGAGCUGCUCCCAAGGACAGGCUACAUCCAGGCUCAGUCAGCCUUCAGUGCACAGCUCAAGUUCCUGCCCAGGCAGUCUCUUCCUGAAGAUGCAGGGAACUAUUUUGAUGCAGAGACAAGAAUCCUGGAGGUCCCAGUGACAAUAGUGAUCGUGGACAAGGCUAGAACAGUCAAUUUUACUGUCCAUGCCAUUGUCUCUACUUCUGAUCUGGAAAUCAGUCCAGCAGAGAUCAACUUUGGGCACUGCACCAUCUAUGAAGCUGUGCAGGCCAAUGUCACAGUGACAAACAAAUGCAUCUUGCCACAGGAGUUUGGAUUUGUGGGGCUGCCAGAGUUUGUUGAAGUUCAACCCAACGAUGGAUUUGGAGUUAUUCUUCCCCUGGAGAGCCUGACAUUGGACAUAAUCUUUAAAGCUACCAAGGCAAAAGAGUACAGCUUUGACCUCACCUGCACAACAGAGAUUAACAGACAAUUCAAGCUGUCAUGCAAAGCAGUUGGAGUCCACCCACCUCUUGAAUUGUCUCAUUCCUUGGUUCAGUUUGCUGCAACAGCUCUGAACUCUGUGUCUGAAGCCACCCUGGACGUGCUGAAUCCCCACGUGAGUGGGAACAGCCUCAUCCACGCUGUCCCUCGGAUUGGCACGGGGGAACCUGCCCCAGUUGGACCCACUUCCUUUGAAUUCCAUGUGCCAGAGGAUUGUCCCGUGACAAUUACACCUUCUGUGGGAACUGUGCUGCCUGGGCAGAAAAGCUCCAUCCGAGUGUCCUUCAGCCCCGCGCUGCCGGAGCAGCUCGUCAGGGAGGAGGCAGCUCGGAGGCUGAGCAGAGCAGCUGUGCCAGAGGCAGGAAUUCAAAUUCCCAGUGAUGACCCUCAGGGUCUGAUGGACAAAGAGAAGAAAAAUGAAGAGAGAGAGGGAAAGAAACUGAGCAUUUCCAUCCCCAAACAACCUGGGGAUAAUGGAGGCAGGAAAAGCCUGACUGGAGAGCCAAAACCUGAAGAGUUAAAGCCUGAUUCUGAUGCUUACAGGGCAGCCCAGGCCUCCCUGAUGAGGAGUUUCAGUGGGAGUUUUAAGAAAUACAUCAUUCCUUGCUUUGUUGCAAGUGGACAGGCUGCUGGAGAGAAGGGCUCUGGACACCUGAGCUGCAGCCCUUACAACACGUUGUACCUGGAGCUGCACUGUCCAGCUGUGGCCCCUCCUGUUCUGGUCACUUCAGACAGCGGGGACAACACGGUCGGUUUUGGAGCCAUUGCCAUAGGCCACAGGACCAUGAAGCGAAUCACCCUGCAGAACAUCUCCCCAGGGAGGGUGGGGCUGGGAUUCUCAGCUCUGAAUCCCAACGGCCCCUUCCUGUUGGUGAGAGCAGUUAGAAUGCUUGAGCCAGGUGAAAGUAAAGCCCUGGUCAUCUCCUUUUGUCCAGAGGAGGAUAAAUGGUUCUGUGAGACCCUGGACAUCAGGGUGGCCAAUUCCACCCUCAGCCUGAGCCUGUCUGGGCACGGGGUGGUGCCAGGCACUGUCUGCUCUGUGGAAGGAGUGCUGGACAUGGGAUAUGUCAUGGCUGGGGAACAGGUGACUUCCACAUUCCAGGUGCAGAACACUUCCAGCCUGGCCCUGCCCUACUGCACCCAGCUGGACUCGCUGUCACCCACCCGGGACAGGGACCGGCAGAACAUCCCGGCCUUCCUCAGCUCCUCUGGGCAGAGAACAGAGUUUGUUGGAGCACAGAACUACAGUGGCUUAAGUGUGUUCAGUGUCUUUCCAACAGAGGGGGAAAUCGAGGCUGGGAAGAGCCAGGAGUUUGUUGUUACCUUCAGUCCUGACCAUGAGAGUCUGUACUACUCCGACCGCCUCCGGGUUGUGCUCUUUGGCAAGCAAACAGCCCACGAGAUCCCCCUGCGGGGAGCGGCGCGGGAACACCCCAUGUUUGUGGAGGGGGGGCUUCCCCUGGACGUGCCCGUGGAGUCCUUGGCUGUAACAUCGUCUGUGGCAUCACAGGAAGCACUGGGAGCAGAGCCACAGGAGCCAGUGAGGUCCCUUCUCCUGCUGCUGGAAUCCGUGGAUGGAGGGGGCCCUGCAGAGCCAGCCAGGGCAGAGCUGAGGGUGGGGGCUGUGGACACACCUCUGCUGGCAGCCAAGAAGGCCGUGGAGUUCAGCCUGGACUCGCUCCCGGAGCUGGAGCGGGCGGGGAUCGCUGUGGAGGAGCCCCGGGGAGCGCUGGAGCGCGGGCAGGAGCGGAGCGUCCGCGUGUCAUGGGCGCCACCUGCAGAGCUCAGGGUCAGUGACCCUCCCCUGGUGACAGCCCUGCUGACCCUGAAGGGGGACAUCACGGAGUGUUACCGAGUCCUGUUCAUGGCUCGAGUUGUGUCUGCCUGUGCUCCCACCCCCUGAGGGCUCCCUGCCCACGGAGAGGAAGAUGGAGGCUGAUAUUGCUGGGAAUUCACUGGAUCUCUGGGGAAACGUGGGGACAUCGGGGAUUGUUGCAAGUACCUGAGGGGAGCAGGGAGGCAGGAGGGAAGGGACAUGUAAUAUUUCUGCUCUGUUUCCCCCAGAGUUCUCCAUAAACUCUGGUGCCACCAGUGUCAUUUUCCAGCUGGCUCUGGGACAAUAAUCUGGUGGUAGAAGAAGGAAUUAAUGAGGGGCCCAAGUAGCUACACCUGCUGUUAAUCCCAGUGUCUCCCAAAGGUGGGCAUUCCACCAGGAGGAGUGCUUGGUUUACAUCCACAUGGGUGAGUUUCAAACAAGGUCUCUUUUUCCAAUUUCAGAUGCUUUUUAUAGGAUUUGGAAAAUCCUUGACUUUUUCUCUUUUAAGACCAGAAUAAAGUUUCAUAUCCAAGGCU